CAUUUUCUUCUGCCCCAAUCAGACAUCUCCCAUCUCUCCUCUUGCGCACACAUCACCGCAGGUUCACAAGCAACAUGGCCGCCAACCCCCAGUUCAUCAAGUACGUCGACGACCACCAGGCCGACUUUAUCGACCGCCUGCGCCAGGCCGUCGAGAUUCCUUCCGUGUCGGGUAACCUUGACUACGUCAAGGAUGUCGAGGACAUGGCCGAGUUCCUCGUCAAGCAGCUCACCUCGCUCGGCGUCAAGGUCGAGAAGCGUCCCAUCGGCAGCCACAAGAUUGGCGAGACCGAGGUCGCGCUGCCUCCUGUUGUCAUUGGCGAGAUCGGCAACGACCCCAAGAAGGUCAACCUCCUCGUCUACGGCCACUACGACGUGCAGCCCGCGCUCAAGGAGGACGGCUGGGACUACGACCCGUUCAAGCUGACGCCUGACCCCAACGGCUCGGGCCGCCUGUACGGCCGUGGCUCGACCGACGACAAGGGCCCCGUCAUGGGCUGGCUCAACGUGCUCGAGGCGCACCAGAAGCUCGGCCUCGAGCUCCCCGUCAACCUCAAGAUGGUGUUUGAGGGCAUGGAGGAGAAUGGCUCGGAGAACCUCGACAAGUUUAUCGCGUCCGAGAAGGACAAGUUCUUCAAGGGCGUCGACGUCAUGUGCAUCUCGGACAACUACUGGCUCGACACCAAGACGCCGUGCUUGACCUACGGCCUGCGUGGUAUCAACUAUUAUGAGAUCAAGGUCCAGGGCCCCGCGCGCGACCUCCACUCGGGUGUCUUUGGCGGCACCAUCCACGAGCCGAUGACUGACCUCAUCGCCGUUAUGUCCAAGCUCGUCUCGCCCUCUGGCGAGAUCCUUGUCCCCGGCAUCAAGGAGCUCAUUGCCCCCGUGACGGCCGACGAGCAGGCCAAGUUUGAGAAGAUCCACUUCAGCCUGCAGGACAUUGAGGGUGCCGUUGGUGCGCAGACGACGCUGUCGAACGACACUGUCACCACUCUCAUGGGCCGCAUGCGCAACCCCUCGCUGUCGCUGCACGGUAUCGAGGGUGCGUUCUACGCCCCCGGCUCCAAGACGGUCAUCCCCGCGGCCGUCAAGGGCAAGUUCUCGAUCCGCCUCGUGCCCAACCUCGGCAUCAAGAACACGACCGACCUGGUCGUCAAGUACGUCCAGGACGAGUUUGCCAAGCUCGGCUCGAAGAACAAGCUCGACGUGUACCUGACGCACGGCGGCGAGCCUUGGAUUGCGGACCCCAACCACUACAACUACCGCGCGGCGCACAAGGCCACGGUCGAGGUCUACGGCCAGGAGCCCGACUACACGCGCGAGGGCGGCUCGAUCCCCGUCACGCUCGACUUUGCCAACAUUCUCGGCCUCAACGUGCUCUUGCUUCCUGUCGGCCGCGGCGACGACGGCGCCCACUCGACCAACGAGAAGAUUGACACGUCCAACUACAUCAACGGCACCAAGCUGCUCGGCUCGUACAUGUACGAGCUGGCCGCGAUUGACAAGCAGUAGGCUAGGGAUUAGAAGCAGGGAGACAUGUAUGAGUUUGAAGUGCG